CUAUGAAUUAUUAGGUGAUAGUAGUAAUAGUAGUGAUGAAAAUACUAGUAGUGAUAGUAUUAGUUGCAAUACUGACGAGUCAUACGGUGGUAAUUAUUUUCAUAAUAUUAUUAAUAAUAAUAACAAUGAUAGCGAAGGAAUCAAUGUUUACGAUAGGAGACGACAACACCAACAACUUGAGGAUAGUAUUGAAGACUACAAGUGUGUCGUUAAACGAUUGACAUCAGAAAAGUCCAAACUUAACGAUGAGAUACUGGCUUUGGAGGAACAGAUCAUCGAUUUGUUAAAUGAUAAGCAAAAUAGCGAAAAAUUUCUACAAAAACAAAUCGAUAGCUUAAGACUAAAAUGCGAUCAUUUUGUCUAUACUAUUGAUGAACUGAAGGCCUGUAAUCAGUCAUUAAAUGAAAAACUUAACCAAAAAUGCGAAGAAAAUCACGAUUUAAUAAAACGAUUGAAAGACAUUGAAGAUAAGCAAUCGCAUAACGAGUACCUGAUAUAUGAGGCCAAUAAUAUUGAGACCCAAUUGAAACAAACAUUAAUUGCAACCGAAGAGAGAUUGUCGGCACAAGUCUUGUGUAACAAUGAACUAAUUGAGGCCUUAAACCAAUUAAUGAUAGAUUUCAACGAUAGGGACAACAGUAUUGUUGAACUCAAUCAUCAAUUGAUUUCAUUACGACAACAGAUCUCCGACAGAGACAGUGAGCUCUUGUUUUGCAGAAGUGUAGAGCAAAGACACUCUCAUUCAGAUGACAUACAAUUGUCGGCUAAGACAACAUCAUCGACAACAACAACAAAGACAACUUCAGCCAAAAGUACACCGAAUGGCAACAAAUUUAAAAAUAGUGAUAAAUAUUUAAUUAAUUAUUAUUCACUAAUGGAUCAAUUGAACGAAGAUAUGUAUGAAAACAUGACUGACUUUAACCAUAACUAUCAUAACACCAAUACCAUCAACAAUGAAAGUCAAUAUUAUGAGCAAAAUGAGAUCAACGAUGACAUUGAAACAGACAACGAUUCUGUGCACAGUAAGCCAACCCAACCGUCCUCACCAAAGUCGUCCUCACAAUUGUUUCCAUCACUUCCCGAUGUGAUCUUAAGAAAAUUAAAACUACUUUGUGAAAGUUCAUGCAGUAUUGAAAGUUUGACUGAAGAGGAAAUUGAUUCAAAGUUUACGACAUUAUCGUUGGCUUUUAAGACCGAUAAGUCAACAAUGACUCAGAGGGUAGACCUGCACCGACAUCAACGAGAUGUGGCCGAAGUGGACGCACAUAAUGAGCUACUAUUGCUUCGGAAGUACAUACAGCAGUUGCAACAGAUAUUGUUGGGCGAUAGUGACAGUGAUAGCGGUGACAAUACUAACAACAGUGUCGGCAAUUAUAUGAUGACGACUGAUGUUAGGGAAGCCAUUACUAAGAUUACCAGUCAAGUAGACGUUAUUGAACAGACAAAUCAUAAGAUAUCCUCUCGGAGUGAACAAUACGGUGCCAUUAAACAAGAGGAACGGGUCAGUCAUGCCGUAGAGGUGAUGGUCUAUCAUACGGAUAAUGUGCGCAAACAGUGCGAAAAGUAUCGCAAAGAUUUGGAAAAAACUAAAAAUCUAAUGAAAACAAUGGUUAAUAAAAGUGUUGUCGAUUUGGAUACUGAUUCGGACACUGAGUCAGUACCCAUGAGACGCUCCAUUAGAUCCAUAUCGACAACAAUUUUACCAAAAAUGAACUUGAUCCGAGUUCGGAGAGCAAGUGUCUCGACGAGUGAUUUAUUGCCGAAUUUGGAUAAACACCGAAAAUCAGUGCAAACUCCUAGUGUGCGGCCAUCUAUAGCAUCGGUGGCCUCAUAUCUGGCCAACCGAUCUCGACGCCAAUCAAUGCCGGCCACGGGAUCUAUAAUAUACCGAAACACGCGAAACAACGGUCUGGAAGGCAGUGCUGAGACAUCAUAUCUGGAGAUAACGACUGAAGAAAAGUGUGGCUCAGAAUCGGACGGCGCCUCAGAAUCGGUGACCGAUUAUAAACCCGAUUCGGAUGACGACAACAAAAUCGUAGAAAAUACUAUGUCUUUAGCCGAUGAAAUGAAUUUGUCGUCAAUUAAUCAAAAUUCGAGAAGUAUUUUAAAUGAUAUACAAAUCAAUGAAUCAAAUGAUGACAAUAUUGGUAAAGAUGAGGACAUCGAGGAUGACGAGGAUAAUCAAGUAGUGGCCAAAUGUGACGAUAUUUAUUAUAAUGAUGUUAACGAUAAUCAACAAAAACACAGCAAAUUAACAAAUAUAUUUCGACAUUUAAGUGAUGAGAGUGUCACUAAUUUUGUCCAAUUUUUGCCAAAAGACUAUCGAUAUUUUAUUUUAAUAUUAUUGAUAAUAUCGACAAUAAUUGUGGUGUUUUGGUCACUAAUGACAAUAGGUUUUCCCUGCGAUUGUCGGUGCGAUUGUUCAUUAAGUCAUAUGUUUAGUGCAAUAUUUCCUUUUACAUCAGCAUCUCAUCCAUCAAAUCACGACAAAGUCAAUCAACUUCUGUGAACUUUUAUUUUAAUUAACAAAAAAUCAUUUGAUUAAAUUG